GAGUCUUUUUGUCUCGUGUUGUUGUCUGAUGUUGCUAGCUAGUCCAGCUUGAAUCGACAGGAGAGCUUUGGCUGCUGAAGCCAAAUAUUUGUAGCAUUUAUAACAAAGUCCGAGAAACCAAAGCGCCUAAAGAAUGAGAAGAGUGACCUUAUUUAUUAACGGGACUUCUAAAAAUGGAAAGGUGAGUCAAGAGAGUUUGUGGAGGAGGCUGGGCCGCAGAAUGACUGGAUUUUUCCACUGAACAGACGUGUUUGAUUAAAGCUCAAUAAAACUCCAGUUUACAGUUUUUCUCAUGUUUUUAUCAACAGACAGGAAAUGUAAAGACAAACCUUAGCCUCUGUUUUAUUCUGUAAACCUCAUUUUUAUCAGGGGAAAUGUUAGAUGGAGUUAUAAUUUUAUGUUUUGCAGCUCUGACCCAUUUCGUAAAACCCUCUUUUAUUUCUGUGAUCUGGUUUCUUCAGGUUGUAGCAGUUUACGGGACUUUGUCAGAUCUACUCUCUGUAGCAAGUAAUAAGUUAGGAAUCAAAGCCUCCUGUCUGUAUAAUGGGAAAGGUGGUCUCAUAGAUGACAUUGCCCUCAUAAGGUAAACUCUCACUCUCAUAAUCUGUGUUUUUCUGCUUUAAUGUGAAGCAUAAAUCUUAUUAUUCUGUGUGUCCUGUUUCUGACAGAGAUGACGACGUGUUGUAUGUGUCAGAAGGUGAUCCAUUUAUUGGUGAGUGCUGUCAGGUCUCUUCUAUAAAACUGGAAACGGUCUCAGAAACUGUUUUAAUCUUCUGCUUUCAUGUUACAGAUCCUCAAAAUGAAGCCAAAGGUUCGUCUGAUCAGCAUGGAGCUCACACUGACUGGCUGACGCUGAAUAUCGGGGGUCGAUUGUUCACCACCACCAGGUAUACACAGUUAUAAACAUAUUACAGUUUUUAAUACAGUUUAACAACAGUCUGAAAUGAUAAUGUUUAUGUCCUCUGUUCUGACUGUCUCUGUGUUGUGUUCAGGAGCACCUUAGUCAGCAAAGAGCCGGAGAGUAUGCUCGCUCACAUGUUUCGAGAGAAAGGUAAAUCACAGCUUCAGCCAAUCAGAAAGCCUCUUGUUCAGUUCAAGGCGUCUUUCACAGAGUUUUCCGUCCACUUGUGUGUUUUCUUCAGAUGUGUGGGGGAACAAGCAGGACGAGCACGGGGCCUACCUGAUCGACCGCAGCCCUGAGUACUUUGAGCCGAUACUAAACUACCUGAGGCAUGGACAGCUCAUCAUCAAUGAAGGCAUCAAUAUUCGAGGUAAAGGUUUGUGAAUGAUCGUAUAAAUGCUGUGGACCUGAAAGAGACCAAGAUGUUGAAUAUGAAACAUCUCAUAAAUAUCAUGUAGGGGUCCUUGAGGAGGCUCGCUUCUUUGGAAUAGAGCAGCUCGCUGAACAGCUGGAAGUAGCAAUCAAGGUAAAACCUGUAAAAUGAUCUGAAAACAGAAUAUAAGUAAAGUUAAAGUUUCUUACUUUAUCAUGAUCCACCUUGAUUGGCUCCUCAAACAGAACACACAGCCUCCCGAGGACCACUCCCCCCUUUCCCGCAAAGAGUUUGUUCGUUUCCUUCUGGCGACACCCACAAAGUCAGAGCUCCGCUGUCAGGUAAGGCUGAGAAAAUGAACAUUAUUUUGGUCGAGAGACACAUGGUAACUCCUAAUUUUGGAUUUGAGACUAUUUGAGAAAAACUGAACACUCCAAGAUGUUUAUUCUCGACAGUGAAAUGACAGACGUUAUUCUAACUGCAGAAAUGCUUCUAUGAGGUGCUCCACAUUACCUCUGCCUAAAUUUAAAACUUUAAAGAGAACUGUAAUAAAAUAAUAAAACAAGUUUUAACUAAAUGCAACUAUUAACAAAGAAAUCAGUCUGAGCUUCAAGUGACAUUUUGUUAUAUAUUUUCAGUUCCUUCUGUGCACUCUGUAUUUAACUCUAUUUAUUCUGCUGAUUUUAGGGUCUUAAUUUCAGCGGCGCAGAUUUGUCCCGACUCGAUCUACGUUACAUCAAUUUCAAGAUGGCGAACCUGAGCCGCUGCAACCUGUCUCACGCCAACCUGUGCUGCUCUAAUCUGGAGCGGGCGGAUCUUUCUGGAGCAAACCUGGAUGUAAGACUGAAAACUGUCUCCAUGCACCGUGUCUGCUGACAGAGUGAACUCACUGAAUCUAAAGGAGACUUUCUUCUCUCCUGCAGGGCGCUAACUUACAGGGAGUGAAGAUGCUCUGCUCCAACGCAGAGGGAGCUUCACUUAAAGGAUGUAACUUUGAAGAUCCAUCUGGACUGAAGGCCAACCUGGAAGGUGAUCCAUCAGGACUUUCCACUGCAGCAGAGCUACUUUCCCGCUGUCGACAGGUUUUAAAUAAAUGCUUUUAUCUGUGAUCAGGUGCGAACCUGAAAGGAGUGGACAUGGAAGGAAGUCAGAUGACGGGAAUCAACCUGCGUGUGGCCACUCUGAAAAACGCAAAGCUGAAGAACUGUAACCUGCGGGGAGCUACCUUAGCGGGGACUGAUCUGGAGGUGAGUUUGAGUCAUCAAGAGGGAUUAUCUCUCUGAAAAUGGGAACGUUGACACAGCAACAAACAGGACGGAUUCAAAUAAAAGUGGUGCAUCCCAGCACUUUCACUCAAAAUAGAUUUAUUACCAAGUUUGAGAAACCCUGGAACAGCUGUUCAUCACUCUAGAUACCAAUCAAAACCAGAGACAACCAGUUCACUCAUGUCAGAUCAUGUCAACCCCCAGAUAGGAGUCUGACACAUUUAUAAACAUUUAUCUUCCUGAGAGGAUCAUCUGCUUUCUACAGCUCAGAGGAUUAUGAAUAACCGUGUCAGUGUUUCCUGUCGUGCCUCUGAAUAAAGCUUGUAUGACAUCCGUCCUGUGCUGCACUUUUUCCCCUCUGACUCUUUAAAUCCUUCUGUCUCUGCAGAACUGUGACCUGUCCGGCUGUGAUCUACAAGAAGCCAACCUGAGAGGCUCCAACGUGAAAGGAGCCAUUUUUGAAGAGAUGCUGACCCCUCUGCACAUGUCCCAGAGCGUCAGAUAAAUCAGCAGAUCCAGUUUGAACAUCAGCUGGCUUCUCUCAUGCUCUUUUCCUCCAGUAUAUCCCCCUACUAUCAAUCUCUCUGUACCUGUCUGCGGCACAGGUACCUGUAUGCACAUCCCUGGCAUUCCACCUUUAUUAUGUUAGCUUUAAAUAUCUUGCACUAGACUUAAUUCAGGGUUGUCCAUGUGUGUCUGUAAGGUAGGAUCAUGAUUUGAGAUGUUCAGCUGCGUUUAUCACCAAAACAGAAUCUCCUCUGUAUGUAGAUGUGUUUGGAUGCAAUCACACAUUUCAAGUUUUACAUAAUUUAUAUUCAUGUUGUGUGUUAAUGGGAGUCUGAAUCAGAUAAUCUGUGUGCAGUGAAGUCCGGAGCUUCACUGAUGCUGCUGUAGCAGAACCAGAAGAGGUCACUUACCAAUAACUGUGUGUUUCUUUGUUCCUGUUUAAGUGUUUUUACUUCAUUUUGCUGGAUUCAACAUAUUCUUAAGGAAGCAAUGCAAGCCAAAGCCAUAACAACAGCAGAGUCUGCAAGGCUGAACGUGCUGUUGGUGCAUCUUCAAACUACGUGUAGGAUAGUUUGAAACACAGCUUGGGUAUGCAAUACGGGAUUUUCAGCUGUGAGCUCUCAAAUAUUGUGUUCUUUAAAGCUUUCCCUCGUUUUGUGAAUCUACCUCUAUUUUAAUCCGUUAUGUGAGUGAUCCGCAUUUGCAUGCAUUUAUUGUAAUGUUUAUGUAUAAUGACAUUCGUUAUCCUUCCAAACCCCAUGUCUGAGACGAAUUAUCCGUGUUGGUGUGCUUUAAGGAAGCCAUUUUUAUGUGUCGUCAAAGUGGGUCUGCCUGGAAACUUUCUGUGUAUCGACGUUUAUCACUUAAUCAUGCUUUGAACUUCUUUGCACAAGUGUAUGUAAACUCGUAACAUGUUAAACCUUACACCAAAAAAAAAAAGACAGUUUGGUGCUUGUAAUCUUCUGUAAAACAAAUCCAGUGUCUCCAAAAACUUCCAAAAGAGUCGUGGUUAGAUUAGGACGGUGUCGUCAGCUGUGUUGUCGAGGGUCUCGCCUCAGUCUGUUUGCAUGUGUGAAGAGAUAUACUCGUCUUCUGUCGCUGUAGCUCAAAGCUGCUCUGAUGCAAUACUAUAUCCACUCAGUUCUUUAAACAGAAGGUACCCAGCCUGUGAAGAGGAACCAUGAAGGCAAUCAUGUAAUAUAAAAUCGAUGGAGGAGCGGUGCUUAUUUAUUUUACUACAUCUCACUAAAUGCAAUAUGGGACAAAGGCUGGUUUGUGUUGGAGUUUGGGAAGUGGGGAACGUGUCCCUAUUUAUGAAUAUUGCACUCGACCGUGGAAAUAUGUUUCCAUUGAAGACUGUUAAAUAAACUGCUAUGAAGAAGAAAAAGAGUCCGUGUCGUUUUUUG